UUGUUUUAGAUCAUGAAUGUGUAGCUUCUGUGGAAGUGAAAUCCCUGUGAACAGCCAGGCUCCAACAUCUUGAACCAUCUUUGCUGCCAACUUCUUUUAUCCCUAUGCGAAUAUUGGACUCUUUUCCUCAUAAGCCUACAAUGGCAGUGGAUGUGGCCAUGCAGUUCUACUUGAGGACGCCCUCUUUGCGAAGGGAGAGUUUUGCCUGCAAAAUCGCUCCAAAGCCCAAGAAGCCUUUGAGGCCCUGCAUCCAUUUGAACAGUGCUGCUGAAUUAAACAAACUAGGAGCGGUGGACUCUUUGCAACAGGACAGAGUGAAAAAGCGGGUCUCCUUUGCAGACAGCAGGGGCCUCGCGCUGACAAUGGUCAAAGUGUUUUCCGAAUUUGACGAUCCCCUAGAGAUUCCAUUCAAUAUCACGGAGCUCAUAGACAGCAUUGUCGGCCUGACAACCGUGGAAAGAGAUGACUUUGUCAUGGAUUUUGUACAGCCUUCUGCUGAUUAUUUGGACUUCCGGAACCGUCUCCAGGCCGAAUACGUGUGUCUUGAGAACUGCAUGUUGAAAGAUAAAGCCAUCGUGGGUACAGUCAAAGUCAGGAAUCUGGCAUUCGAGAAGGCUGUGAAAAUCCGGAUGACAUUUGAUACGUGGAAAACCUUCACGGACUACCCCUGCCAAUAUGUUAAGGACACUUACGCCGGUUCAGAUAAGGACACGUUCUCCUUUGAUGUCAGCUUGCCACAGAGAGUUCAACCCCACGAAAGAAUAGAAUUUGCCGUGUGUUACGAGUGUGAUGGGAAGGUGUAUUGGGACAGCAACAAAGGUCUAAAUUACAGGAUUGUGCGCUCUGAACUCAAAUCUUUGCAGGAGAUGUCUCAUCCUCAAGCCGAUCCUAGUUUUGGAAUUGCCUUUGAUCAGUUUGGAAGCCCAAGAUGUUCUUAUGGCCUGUUUCCUGAAUGGCCUAGCUAUUCAGGGUAUGAAAAACGUGGGCCUUAUUACUGAAUCAAAGAAGUGGAGAUAUAGGUGUAUUUUAAUGUCUGGGAGUUAAAUGUCACCAUUGCCAAAGGGAAGCGCCUGAUCAUGGUUACAGAAAGUGAAACUAAAGACUCCUGCAACUCCUCUAACUGCAGAAGGUCUCUAAACAAGGAGGAUCACUGGAUCAUCCUGGUUGUGAACUGAAAUAUCUAAGAGAAAGCGAGAAGUCCUUAUUCUCUUAGACUGAUGCUGACAGUCUCUUGUGGUUCAGCGUUUACCACUUCAGUUCAGUUUUAUUUUCCCUGGAGGUACAUUACAGUAUUGUGAGCUGUGCAGGGAAAAUAUUCUCUGUCCGAGCUUGGUAUAUUCUGGAGUCCGACUUGACCACACAUCUUUUAAAAAAGUGUUUGGCAAGGAGUAACGAUGGGAGAGACUAACCAGCCUGUGAGUGGGCGUUGCAUAGGACUGCCAGUUCGCCCCUCAUCUGGCAACCCAUAUGUAAAGCUUCAAGGCUUUCAUAUGGAAGUGACUGCAAUUUUAGCAAGACAUCUCUUCUUCCUUCCAUUUUAGGAAAUGCCUUCAUUUGUGAGAAGAUACCAGGGUGAUUGCUCACAAUUCAGGCUGUGCCUUUCUUUUUCUAAGAUUACAAUAUGUAUAAAUUCUUUGCAGUUGCUGAGGUGAGAGAGUCGUUUUGCAGCUCAAUUGUGUAAUCUUGUAGCUUCAUUGUUAAGAGUUAGUUGGCAUUGGUGAAGGGCUUAUUAUAUUAUUAAUAUGCCUUGACAGCAGUGUUGGAUUGGGAAGCAAGGGCGUGAAGAAUAAACAUAUGUACAUUUUAAAAGACUAACUCUUGCAUGUGCUUACACAUAAUGUCUUUGAGCUGGUGGGUCAUCUGGCUUGAAAUAAUGUUAAAGCUUUUUUCCAUGAGUUUAAUAAGAUGGGGAAUAAGUAGGUUCUCCAUUACAAAACAAGGAUGGUUCAAAUCACAGAAUGAGUAUUUAUUCAGCCCAGUUUGAUAUUAUUUAUCUCACUUGGUAGCCUGAAUCCAACUAGAGUAGCCUCACAGAAUCAUUUUGUAGACUGACAAGUCAACUGCUUAAAGAUUAUGUAAAUCUAUGAUUCAGGAGGUCUACUGUAGUUAGGACUACCACUAGAAUUUGAAAAUGUUAUAUUUUGGAUUGCAGCUCCCACAAUCCCCCCUGUCAGUAUGCCUUGGGAGUUCUAUGGAAAAAUAACUUUUCUGAGUUUUCUCCAAGUGUUUUACACUCGUUGCCUUACUCAGCUGCUCUUCUUUGCUCCUUUUUGUAUCAGUUCCUUAAUGAACCAUGAGCUAGAAGGUACCCAGCCAUCAGUAAAAAGUUGGCUUUUCUGGAUAAGAAGGAGUGUGGAUCCAAGGAUGAAUCUGCAGAAGGUGUAGGAUACCAGCUUAAUGUCAUGGGAAAGCGUGGGCAUGGCAGCUUGCCAUUAAAUCUCCCUACAUACUGCUAGUGCAAGGUAGGAUUCAUGUAGCCCUCAAGAAGUUGUUGGGCUGCAAGUCUCAACCUCCCUCACAAUUAGUUAGCUUGAAUAGAGAUGCUGGGUUUUGCAGUCCAACAACAUUUGGACUGUGCUUCUGCUUUUAUGUAGGGGAGAGCCAAACAUUUCUUUAUAUCUCAGUCACAUGAGUUGUGUUGUUUUAGUUUGCAUACAGAGAACAUGAAUUCACAUUCAUAUAUCAUGGUACAGCGUCUGAACUGGUAAAAGAGCUGCGUUUUGGAAAUGUUUAUCCCAAUACUUAUGAAAGCUGUGGGUUUCUUAAAGCCCCUUGAGUUUAGAGGUCAACAAUUGACAGUCUCUCCACUAAAACACGCUUUUUUGAGAGCUUCUGCUCCCCCAUCCAUAAAAAUUGGGGUUUCCAGCUGACUGUUCUGGGGAGAAGAAAUCAAGAGUCCUUCCUGCUCUAAUAAAGGAAGUUGUUCAUUUCCCAGUGAUGCAAAUCAUCAUAAAACAAAGAGUGAGCUGCUUUUUGCAUAACAUGUUACAACUUUCAUAGCCAUUAAUUAAUUCAGGGGUGUUCCUCGCCACUGGCUAUGUUGGGAACUGGAGCCCAGCAAUGUCAGUAAAGCUGCACCCACCCAUCUCAUAAAUGGAGAGAUGCAAACAGGGCUGAAUCCAGUGUUGGUCCUAUCUGGAGUACGGCCAUUUAAAUAAACAGUACACCUAACCGAAAUCCUGUUAAAUUUGAUGGGCCUGCCCAGGCAGUACGAGUGUCAGCAAAGCCUGAAGUUAAUUGAACCUGCGGGAAAUAAGGUAUAAUCUUGCACACUUACUAGAAGCGUUGUCCAAGGACUUAA